AUGAAGCAUACGAUAAAUUUUUCCUUCGUUCUCUGUCGCAUCGUCGGUUCGAAACAUUCACGAGAAUCAUUCACGUGGGAGCGAGUGUAAAAUUAUUACGUAAUACGGCGUUAAGGUUUGUACACACCAAAGACACGACAGAAGAAACUGUUCAGAAAUGUUAGGUCAGAGCGAUAAGCCACAAACACCGAACACCGAAAGAUUACUUUCCUUCUGA